UAUACAUUAAUUUUCCUUCUUUCAGUUGAAGCUUCUCUCUCUCUCUGUCUCUCCUCUCUUCUCUUUCUCCGUCUGAAUUCUGAAACACACAAACUAAUGGAGAUAUCAGUGGCUACUAUUGGUGCUGUUUUGGUGGGGAUAACAGUAAUAGUAAUUGCAGGGGCCUGGAGGUUGCUGAACUGGUUGUGGCUGAGGCCCAAGAAACUGGAAAGAUAUCUGAGGCAGCAAGGCCUUACCGGAAACUCGUACAGGUUUUACACAGGAGACAUGAAAGAAAUCUCCACGAUGAUAAAACAAGCAUAUUCUAAACCAGUGAACCUCUCCCAUGAUAUAGCCCCACGAGUUAUCCCUUUCGACUGCCAAUUAGUAAACACUUGCGGUAAGAAUUCUUUUGUUUGGAUGGGCCCAACACCAAGGGUGAAUAUCACUGAUCCAGAAGAUCUGAAAACCAUCCUUACAAAAAUGGAUGAUUUUCCGAAGCCGAAAGAAAACCCACUUGUCAAGUUACUAGCAACAGGUAUUCUACUAUAUGAAGGUGAGAAAUGGGCAAAACACCGAAGAAUUAUCAACCCAGUGUUCCAUUUAGAGAAGCUAAAGCGUAUGUUGCCUGAAUUUUACCAAAGUUGUAGCGAGAUGAUUGUGGAAUGGGAGAGCUUGAUGUUGAAAGAGGGUUCAUGUGAGUUGGAUGUCCGGCCCUACUUUGAAAAUAUGACAGCCGAUGUGAUUUCUCGAACAGCAUUUGGAAGUAGCUACAAAGAAGGAAGAAAAAUAUUUCAACUUUUCAAGGAGCAAGUACAACUUACAAUAAAAGUUAUACGAAGUGUCUACAUUCCAGGAGCGAGGUUCCUACCGACCAAGAUAAACAUGAAGAUGAAAGAAAUUGACAGAGAGAUAAGAGCGUUACUCAUGGGUAUUAUAAACAAAAGAGAAGAUGCGAUUAGGGCUGGCGAAGCCACAAAAGAUGACUUGUUAGGUGUGCUUAUGGAGUCCAACUUGAGUGAAAUCAAAGAACAUGGCAACAACAAAAAGUUUGGAAUGAGUAUGCAUGAUGUGAUCGAGGAGUGCAAGCUGUUUUACUUUUCAGGGCAGGAGACAACCUCAGUGUUGCUAGUUUGGACAAUGGUUUUGCUAGGUCAAUAUCAGAACUGGCAAGAUCGUGCAAGAGAAGAGGUUUUGCAGGUCUUUGGAAGCAACAAGCCAGAAUUUGAUGGGAUAAUUCGUCUAAAAGUUGUGACCAUGAUUUUGCAUGAAGUUCUUCGAUUAUACCCAGCAGCUACUCUAAUGAUUCGGACCACAAGCAAGGAAACACAACUUUCAAAAUAUUCUUUACCAGCUGGAGUUGAAGUUGCCUUACCCACCCUCCUAGUUCACCAUGACAAACAACUGUGGGGUGAUGAUGCACAUGAGUUCAAGCCGGAGAGGUUUUCAGAAGGCGUUUCGAAGGCAACAAAGAACAAAUUCAUGUACUUCCCUUUUGGAGGCGGUCCACGGAAUUGUAUCGCGCAAAACUUUGCAAUGGUGGAAGUAAAAUUGGCCUUAUCGCUGAUUUUACAACACUUCACAUUUGAGCUUUCUCCAUCCUAUGCUCAUGCUCCUUCUUUAAAUCUAACCCUUCAGCCACAGUUUGGUGCUCAUAUCAUUUUACACAAAUGUUGAUGACUUAUAUGUCAGCAGUUCUCUCUGUAUUGUUGAACAUACAGUGCGUGGUAGCUAGGAGAAGGAUGAAAUAUAAUUUGUGCAACGUAUGUAUGAUAUGUAUCUUUAAGAUGAAAUUUUCCCCAACUACUUCUAAUAAGCAAAGGGGAACCGCAUAUAUGUCUUGUGGAUAUAAUGAAGCCCGCACUCAAAGAGGUAGACAAGGAUCCUCAGGGUUUUCUACAAGGUAUACUGCAUAAAUUAGUUUCUAGAGUUAAUUUGUAAUGCUAUUAAAAAUAAAUGGAGGAAGAAGAAAAUGUUAUGAA